GACAUAUCUGUGAGGAUUAACGCAGAGGCGGGGUGGGAAAAAAAUAGGAAGGACUUCAAUACCAGCUGCGACUAUCCGGAUUACCCACUCAGCUGAAAAAGGGAAAACAAGCGACGCUUCGUGGACAUUUCUCCGUCCGGAGAGGAUGAGGUGACCGCCAGGAAACGGUGGAAAAGUGGUCGAAGUUGGAAACAGGGGAGGAGUGAAACGGACUCCACCGGGCCUGGACGGAUAUUUUGAUGUUGUCGUGUAAACUUCGCUGUCGACGCCGUUUUUAAAGCGGCGUUUUAGGAGCCGGAUUUCAGGCACACGAAGGUGAAUCCUCCGCGGAGCGAACCCCCCCUCCACCUCCACCUCCACCCUUCCCCGACAGUUGGUUCAUCUAAAAGCCCCGAUACAGACUCUGUUCACCGGAUACUACACGAAGAAGACCGGUUGUUUGUGCCGAUGCCAACGGCAGACUGCAGGUUGCUCCAUCAUGGCCGGAUCAUGAGGUGUUUGACUUAUCUGCUCCUACUUCCAGAAACACUGAAAAAGUCCAAGAAGGUCGGCAAGCUCCCGGGCAGGCUGCCGGUAUGUUAUGAGAUCCUGACUCUGUCCCUGACGAGCAAAAAGAAGCAGCAACAGAAGCAGGAGAAGGAGAAGAUGGCUGCGGAGCUGUACCCCGCCGCCAACACCAACAACACCAACCUGGCCAACGGCACUACGGUAGCGGACACCGAGAAGACCAAGGAGGUGCAGGUGAGCCAGGCUAGCAGCAGCAGCGCGGCGACCACCCCGACCACCCAGCAAAACAUCAACAACAACAACGUAGACCCACCCAGCUGGCAGUGCAGCCACCCAACACUGAGAGAGAGGAAUGCCUUGAUGUUUAACAAUGAGCUGAUGGCUGAUGUCCACUUUAUUGUCGGCCCUUUGGGGGGAUCGCAGAGGGUUCCAGCACACAAGUAUGUGCUGGCCGUGGGAAGCUCGGUCUUCUGUGCCAUGUUUUAUGGCGAUCUGGCGGAGGAGGAGUCUGAGAUCCAUAUCCCAGAUGUGGAACCUGCUGCUUUUCUAAUUCUGCUGAAGUACAUGUAUAGCGAUGAGAUUGACCUGGAGGCAGACACGGUGCUGGCCACCCUGUAUGCUGCCAAGAAGUACAUUGUCCCUGCACUGGCCAAGGCCUGCGUCAACUUCCUGGAAACGAGCUUGGAGGCCAAGAAUGCCUGCGUGCUGCUCUCCCAGAGCCGCUUGUUCGAGGAGCCUGAGCUGACGCAGCGCUGCUGGGAGGUGAUUGAUGCUCAGGCCGAGCUCGCCCUGUGCUCCGAGGGCUUCUGCGAGAUUGACCUGCAGACGCUGGAGAUCAUCCUGCGGAGGGAGACCCUAAACACUAAGGAGGUGGUGGUGUUUGAGGCGGUUAUGAGCUGGGCCACAGCAGAGUGCAAGAGACAAGGUUUGGGGCCCACCACUCGCAACAAAAGAGAUGUCUUGGGGAAGGCGCUGUUCUUAGUGCGCAUCCCCAGCAUGAGCCUGGAGGAGUUUGCAAAUGGGGCGGCGCAAUCUGAUAUCCUGACACUGGAGGAGACCCACAAUGUGUUCCUGUGGUACACGGCGGCUAAAAAGCCCACACUGGACUUCCCUCUGACCGCGAGGCAGGGCUUGGCGCCUCAGAGGUGCCACCGCUUCCAGUCCUCUGCCUACCGGAGCAAUCAGUGGCGCUACCGCGGCCGGUGUGACAGCAUUCAAUUCGCGGUGGACAAAAGGAUCUUUAUCGCUGGUCUGGGGCUGUACGGGUCGAGCGGCGGCAAGGCCGAGUACAGCGUCAAAAUCGAACUGAAGAGACAAGGGGUGACCCUGGCUCAGAACCUGACAAAGUUUGUGUCAGACGGGUCGAGCAGUACGUUUCCGGUGUGGUUCGAGCACCCUGUUCAGGUGGAGCAGGACGCCUUCUACACAGUCAGCGCUGUGCUGGAUGGGAAUGAACUGAGCUAUUUCGGCCAGGAAGGCAUGACGGAGGUGCAGUGUGGGAAGGUGACAUUUCAAUUCCAGUGCUCCUCUGACAGCACCAACGGGACCGGAGUACAGGGAGGACAGAUCCCCGAGCUUGUGUUCUAUGCAUAAGCUGCUCUGGACUGCUGAUGGAAAAUUAGGUUUAGCCUCGCCUCCCAGCCUUCAAAGUAAUGUAGCAUUAAAGACACUUGAGUAAUGUCACACUAAAUGGCCUGGUUAGUUCUUUGAGAGACUAUUUUAAAAGCAAAAGGAGCUGUUGUUUUAUCUUAUUUAAUUUAACAUUUUUUUUUUAUUUAAAUACUUGGUUAACGUUAUUUGCUCUGAUGCCUGUGUUUAAGGGCUGUGGCUGCUGUAGAAACAACAUUAAUACAGUGAUUUGUGGUUAUGUAUCAAGCUGAGCUCCACAACUGGAACAAGUAGGGACUGCUUCAAAUUGUGUAAUUGCAAGUCUAUAUACGAUGUUGUUACUAUAGUCCGAGCAGCGACAUUACACAAGGAGCAAAACUUUAUGUAGUGUUAUGAUUCUAAAUGCAAAAAAAAAAAAGUAGAAAUCUUGUCAAAAACAGAGUUGUUUUGCACUUCAGAGGAUGGCCUCAGAAACGUUGUCUUUUGUAAAAUACAAUUUAACUGUUAACGGCUUGAUGCUGUUAAAGACCAGAUGUGUUCUGUACAAGAAUGCUUAUACACCUGAUGGAAAAAAACAUAAAGGUUAUAAUGUGAUUGAA